AUGGAGUCAACAUCUGAAAAUAUUGAACAAGUUCACCAUCUUAUUAAUGAUGAUCCUUAUGUUAUCAUUGAUGAACUCGAAGCACAAAGUGGUCUCAGGCGUGGCACCGUUCAACGAAUUGUUUCUGAUCAUCUUCAGUUGAAAAAACUUACUGCACAAUAUGUUUCCAAACAUCUGACAAACUCUCAAGAGGCUGAACGAGUACGAAUAUACCAAGAAAACUUGUUAAAAUUUGAACAAGGUGUUUGGCGAUUGUGUAAUGUGAUGACAAUUCAUGAAUCAUAG